CAGGGGCGGACUGACAACUCAUGGGGCCCCUGGGCAAUAGGGGAUCAUGGGGUCCCUGUGUCCUUGCCCAAACUCAAAAAAGCCUAUGAAAAAGGUACCAGGGGCAUCUCAUGGGGCCCCCUACUGACCCCGGGCCCUCAGGCAGUGCCCGAGUUUCCAAAUAGUCAGUCCGCCCCUGCUGGUGAGGAAUAUGGGGCAGCAGAUAUUGAGUAGGAUGUUUAAGGACAAGGAUCAGAACCACACUAGUGUCUGGUUUAAUACCUUGCAGAUUAUUAGCUCAUUAUGCUCUUAACGUGCAGGGAGGAGAUUAUUUUAUUUUAUUUUU